CACUCUGACAGAGGAUUACUACAUACUGGGCACCAUAGGAGAAGGGUCCUUUGCUCAAGUCAAGGUUGCUCUCCACCUUAUGACCCAGACUCUGGUAGCCAUCAAGAUAUUGAAAAGAGGCACAAGAAAAGACUUCUUAGUAAUCUCUGAGAUUGACCUCAUGACAUCACUAUACCAUAAUCAUAUAAUAAGGCUUCUCCAGGUCAUUGACACCGAGCGCAAAACUUUCCUUGUGAUGGAAUACGCAGCCCAGGGAUCCCUGCGGAAACUUGUCAACAAGCGUGGGCCUCUGGAUGAAGAAGAGGCACGCAGCAUAUUUAGGGAGUUGUGCUUGGCCGUCAACUAUAUUCACAGUCAGAAUAUUGUCCACCGUGACAUCAAGGCGGAGAAUGUCCUAUUAGAUUGGGAGGGGCAUGUGAAGCUUUCUGACUUUGGCUUAAGCAAAAGACUGACCUCUGGGGAAAAAGCCAAGGGCUUUUGUGGCACGGCACAAUAUUGCGCUCCUGAAGUGUUCGGUCACACACAAUAUGAUAUGCUCCCUGCCGAUAUAUGGAGCAUGGGAAUUUUAUUAUAUUACUUACAAGAUAAAGUAUCAAAUACUGUCCCGGAGCUGUUCGAUACCAUAUCACCUCUCUCCGCAGCUCCGAAACCUGUUGAAGAGAUUAAUGACAAUAGACCCAACAAUGAGACCAUCUACAACAGAAAUAUUGGCCCACCCUUGGCUGUGCCAUGAUCAAGAGACAUUGAGCUCCUCAGGGGAAAUCCCUAGAUAUCCUGAGUCCAACAUUGC